GAAAGGACUAAAAAUAUUGUAAAAGUAAAAUAAAAACUAAAAUGUUAAUUGAAAUUAAAUUAAAAGACUAACAAUAUUUAUCCAAUAAUUUUACAUGAUAUCUUUUGGAUCUUCCGUCAGAAACAAAGAUAGCUUUUGGAUUUUAGCUAAAGCCAAAAAGUCUAAUCUUAAUCUAAUACACAAGGGCAAGCUUAAACUUCCUGGCAACUUUUCAACAAUCUGAAACUGUCAUUGAAGACACACAACUGAUACAAGCUUUGUUCAUCAGAUAACAUGGAGCAACAAUUUGCAAUCAAGAAAGAUGUCACUGAAUUAAUAGGAAACACUCCAUUGGUAUAUCUAAACAACAUCACUGAAGGGUGUGUAGCUCGUAUUGCUGCUAAGCUAGAAUACUUGCAAUCCUGCUGCAGUGUUAAAGAUAGGAUAGCAUUGAGUAUGAUUGAAGAUGCCGAGAAUAAAGGCCUCAUUACACCUGGAAAGACUGUUCUUGUUGAGCCAACAAGUGGUAACACCGGCAUAGGAUUGGCGUCCAUAGCAGCACUGAGGGGCUAUAAACUUUUAGUGACUAUGCCAUCUUAUGUGAGUCUCGAGAGAAAAAUUAUAUUGCGAGCUUUUGGAGCCGAGGUUUAUCUGACAGACCCUGCCAAAGGAGUUGCUGGAGUUUUUGAGAAAGCGGACGAGCUAUUAGCGAAGACGCCUAAUAGUUAUAAGCUCGAUCAAUUUGAAAAUCCUUCCAAUCCACAGAUUCAUUACGACACGACUGGCCCUGAGAUUUGGAGAGACUCUGGAGGGAGAAUUGAUGCUUUGGUUGCAGGGAUAGGAACUGGAGGAACAGUUACAGGUGUUGGGAAGUUCCUCAAGGAGAAAAACUCAGAGAUCAAGGUAUAUGGUGUAGAACCAUCUGAAAGUGCAGUUUUGAAUGGAGGAAAGCCGGGAAAACAUCAAAUCCAAGGGAUUGGUGCUGGUAUCGUUCCGCCUAUCUUGGAAGUUGAUCUCCUAGAAGAAGUUAUUCAGAUUUCAAGCGAAGAAGCUAUAGAAACUGCUAAGUUGCUUGCCUUGAAAGAAGGUUUACUGAUGGGAAUUUCAUCAGGAGCUGCAACAGCAGCUGCAAUAAAAUUAGGGAAGAGACCAGAAAAUGCGGGAAAGCUCAUUGUUGUGAUUUUUCCUAGUUUUGGAGAGCGUUACUUGUCUUCGCCACUUUUUGAAUCCAUCAGGCAUGAAGCUGAACAAAUGACACAUGACUGAAGUGCAUAAAUUGCUGAAAUAAGUGAUUCAUUCUCAUUCAAGCUCUACUGGCACAAGCUGUGGUCUAUAAUAAUGUUGAACAAUUAUAUUUUGAUUAAAACUUUUGUUGAAUAAUGUUUGGACUGACAGUGCAAUAAGUGUCUAUGCAGUAUAUGAAUUAGGGUAGAAAUACUCAUGUUUGUUACCAGGUUGACAUAAAAUUAUUCAUAGGUAUGAAUGUUCCUUGGAAUAAAAUAAUUUCCAACAUCAUUUAAUAAAAUUUGACAUGUCAUGUGUUUUAAAACACAUCACAUGUGUCAGUAUA